UCGACGCCUGCGUGCGCGGUGCUCAAGUCCUGCCCGUGUGUCCUCGUGGGUGCUUCAGUCAGUGCAAGCAGUCGAGCCACUUGGUUCAGUCGAGCCAGGGCAGUCGGCGAGCGGCCACCAUUUGGCCGCCUUUUUUCACCAAUUCGACCGUAGAGCGGCCCUCAGCCACAGGCAGCCAUGGACUCGGACAUCGACAACCUGAUGGGCCAUAUAGGCGAAUUUGGCAAAUAUCAGAUGCGGCAGUUCCUGCUGCACAUCCUAGCCGGCGGCACGGCUGGAGUACACAUGCUGUCCUUGGUCACCGUUGCCGCCACCCCCGACCACAGGUGUCUGGUCGAUGGAGUUGAAAGUGCGUUCAACGCCACGUACAACGACCCAGACAUGAGGCAGUAUAUCCCCGUGGUCGAUGGAGAAUUUGACUCGUGCCACCUGUACGACAGUAACAACGAUACCAUCACCUGCAACCAGUGGGUGUACGACAACCAGUACUACAGGUCUUCCAGAGUAAUAGAUUGGAAUAUGAUCUGCGACCAUAGGUGGAUGGCAGCGGUAUCUCAGUCAGUGUUCAUGUUUGGCGUAUUCACAGGCGCAGUUGUUCUCGGCAGUCUUGCUGACAGAUUCGGCCGAAAGACCAUUUUCUGUUUAUCGGGACUGUUGCAACUGAUUUUGGGAGUUAGUGUGGCUUUCUUCAGUGAAUACUAUUCUUUCCUAUUUAUGCGCUAUCUUCUCGGCAUCUUUGGCUCCGCCGGCGCUUACAUCACAGGAUUCGUGCUGACAAUGGAGCUGGUCGGGCCAUCAAAACGAACAAUAUGUGGAAUAUCGUUCCAGGCGUCAUUCGCCCUGGGAGUGAUGCUGGUGGCACUUUGGGGUGCGUUAAUAGGUGACCGCGUCAUGCUGCAGGUCGUCUACGGCCUCCACUCUUUGCUGAUCAUUCCGCACUACUGGAUAAUGGACGAAUCUCCCCGGUGGCUGUGGUCUCAGGGCAGAAUCCACGAAGCUGUCAGUAUUGUGGAGAAAGCCGCCAAAAUGAACGGACAGGAUGCGCCGGACAGAGCCUUCUACGUAUCGAGAGGCAUGUCCGGAAUGCGGACUAAGGAGGAGAUGGAGCUCAACGCACCCAAGGCAGGCAUCAUUGACUUGGUGCGGACGCCGAACCUGCGCGCCAAGACCCUCAACUGCGCUCUGAACUGGUUCGCCAACAGCAUCGUCUACUAUGGCUUGUCCCUCAACACGGGCAAGCUGCUCGGCAACCCGUACCUCAUGCUCUUCAUCGUCGGGCUCGUCGAGUGGCCGUCCUACAUAGCCACCGUGCUGCUGAUGGACAGGACGGGACGCCGGUCCCUGAUCAGCUCUACCAUGCUGCUCGGAGGAUUUGCUUGCCUCCUUGCCGUUUUCAUUCCUAAUGGCACGGUUGUCACGGUAAUUGUGAUGGUUGGAAAGUUUUUCAUCGCGGCCUCUUUCGCCAUCAUCUACAACUAUACAGCUGAAAUGUUCCCGACAGUUGUGAGAAAUACAGCUUUAGGAGUGGGAAGCAUGUGUGCCCGUCUGAGCGGGGCUCUCACACCAAUGAUUGGUCUUUUGGAUUCGCUUGACAAAACACUGCCAACCGUGAUAUUUGCCUCUUUGGCGCUGUUGGCUGGAGCCUUGGCUUUGUUUUUGCCAGAAACGGCAGGGAAACCUAUGCCACAGACUCUGGAAGAGGGAGAAGAGUUCGGUAAAGGCGACACUGCGUUCAGCAGUUGCUUUGGUGGUGCGAGAAGGCGGACAGCGUCAUUGGCUGUGCCAGAACAAAGUACGCCGAGGAAUGACAUCGCUCUAAACAUUAGAGACUGAGCAAGUGCCUCCUGAAUGUUUCUGUGUUAACUGUGUCUCAUCGUUCUUAAAAAAAUAAAUAUUUUGUCCAUGUGAAACUAAA